AUGCAGAUCACGCCCCUCGCCACGUGCCCCAUGUAUGCGGCCACAUGUCCGAGACUCGCUCCACCGCCUUCGUCCACACUCUCACCCACAUCGCAUCUUAUAUACCACGAUCCAUCUCGGCGAGAAACCCACCGCGCAUUUGGCUAUCGCAUUUCUCAGGUGAGGCUCAGGUUCCGGAGUAGCGAAGCUUCAAGUGCGCAUCUGGGUACCGGCAUGGCUGGAGAGCAGGCGUUCCACCGGGGAGGCGUGCACGGAGGCGGCAGCGCCAUCGGGCCGGACUACAUGCGGGCCAUCCGCGGCGACGACGACUACUACGGCGGGCACGGCCAGGGCCACAGCCAGCCGGCGGCCGUCACCCUCGCGAAGGGGGUGGCCGCGGCGGCGGCGGCGGGGUCGAUGCUGCUCCUGUCGGCCCUGACGCUGACGGGCACGGUGCUGGCGCUGAUCGUGGCGACGCCGCUGCUGGUGCUCUUCAGCCCCGUGCUGGUGCCCGCGGCCAUCGCCGCCACGGUGCUGACGGCCGGGUUCGUCUCGUCGGGGGCGUUCGGCGCGGCGGCGGUGGGGGUGCUGGCGUGGAUGUACAAGUACCUGUCGCACGGGGCGUCCUCGCCGCCGGGGGCCGACACGGUGGACCACGCGGGCGCGAAGCUGGACUCCAAGGCGCACGAGGUGAAGAACUGGGCGCAGCAUCGCCUCGACCAGGCACGAACGCCGUAG